AUGCGGUUAGCCCUUCUGUUACUCUUAUACCCGGUCACUGUUCGACUUCAAUGUCAACCAGGUUAUCCUGGUGUCUCAUGCACACAAACACAUCCGCAGCAGUACCAAGCAAACUUCAGACCAUAUUGGGCACAAGCCAUACAUCGAGGCCAUGAUAUUCGCCGCCAUCCACAGUCUAUCCCAACACUACAAAUUCAUAGGCCUCAAGUGGAGAUGAAUUUACGGCUGCCACCGAUACAUCCAGCCAUAGCACAGCCUCUGAAGCCUGUGCAAUAUCCACGAUCGGCGCUCAACCGAGAUCCAAUUGAUUCCUUUGAACGUGCAGUGGGUGGCGACGAAUUCGAUAACCUUAAGCCUGUGGAGCCGAUUCGAGUGAUAAAAGUGGAAAGCUCUGAAGUACUGGAGCCGAUGCGUCCUACAAAUGAUCGUCGUAGCAGAAUGGAUCAAAGAAAACGGAAAAUUCUACAAAGUAUUACUCGUCAUAUGAAUGAGAUCCAUCACCCACGAGUAAUUCCAUUCGCGGAUCGUCAUGACGAGACCGUUAGCGACAGAAUGCUUCCUACACUUUCCGAAGUGAAAAUCUCCAGAAUUCAACCGUCGAAAAUCGCGAAGGAAGCGUCAAGCCUCGAAAUCGCCGAUGAGAUUAUCGACAACAUUAUUGGAGAGACUUCUAUCAUAGGCAGGAGUAGCUCGGAUUUGCUGCAGGAUUUGAAUAUCACGGAUUCGGCCUCAAAUCAAACAACAAUUUUGAAUGCCACUUCCUCUGAGAUUGUUUCUGGAUUCGGAGAGGCUGCUCAGCUACCCAGCCCUAUGACCAGCUCACCGCUGACGGAACUAAGCAACAUUGAUAGGACACUGGAAGCAAUCAGCUCAGAGAUCCCAGAUUACGAUUCAGAAGAAUUUGCACAAUUCAGUAACACUGAUCAAGAGAGGUCAAAUGCGACUGAGCAGCAACCCGAGACAUCAUCCCAACCCGCGACAACUUCUUCGACCAACACGGUUAUCCCUGAAACAAUAUCACCGCCCACAACGACGACGGUACCAACUCCAGAAGAAGAAGGAGAGGACACCACUGCCACCACGCAAAAAUCAACCACUACAACGACGGCAGCCGACGAUUCUGAUCAGAUACUUGCGUCUUUACAAGAGGAGGAAGCACAAGAAAGGACAACAACAACAGCAGCAGCAGCAACAACAACAACAACAACAACAACAACAACCACGUCAACAACAACCGCGGCAGCAACCACAACAUUAGAAAACGUUGAAGACGAUUUCAGAGCGGUUUUGAAGGAGCAGCAAAAAGAAAUAUUGAAAGCAAGAAAAGAGGGGCAGAAGAAAGACAAAACGAAGGAGGAGACCGAAAAAUCCGAGGAAAAGAAAGAGGAGAGCGCUAGCUCGGAAGAGAAGAAAGAGGAGAGCGAGAUCUCAGAGGAAAAGAAAGAGAAAGAAGAAACUGUUGAAAAGAAGAAACCAACUCCGAAACACUCGCAUAAGAUCACAGAACUCAACUCAGAAACCAUAAAAUCGAUAGAAAGGGAUAUGAAGAAAAAGAAGCGAAAGAUGAAGAAGACCAAAAGCAGAGGAAAAGAAAAGACCGAAGAAAAGGAGGAAGAUAAGGCUGAAGAAGUCGAGGAAGAGGAGGAGGUGGCGGUAGAAGAAGUGACAGAAGUAACGGAUGCACCGACCACGGAGAGCCCUACAGAAGAUGUGACAACAACAAAAGCUAUCAGCAAGAAGAAAAUUGUUGGGAAAAAAGAGAAAAGGAGAAGGAAGAAAAUAAAGAAGACGUUGAAAUCUAACACUGCCGAGGGCGACUUCAAUAAAAGUAUAAACGAAGCUCUUAAGCAAAAUUUAGAACAGACCAUUGCAUCGAUAUCGAAGUCUGGAGAGCGGAGAAAAAGUGAAGAGAAUGAAACGACAGAAGAACCCGAAGAGACUGGAGAAACUGAAAAAGCUCCUGAAAAGCAAUCCAAUAAGGUUGAUGAAGAAGAAGCUGAAGAAGAAAUAACAGAGGAACCACCACUUGGUGCUGGAGGACAAGUCAAGGGCGAAUUUCAAGAAGUGGCGACAGUGGAACAAGUCGAAGACGAAUCAGCUGAAACCAUUGUCACACCAAAGGUCGCCAAACGUAUCAAGAAUAAGAAAUGGGGCAAAAUGAAAAGGAAAUUGAAAAAAGGGCAAUGGAAAAAGAAGGUGAAGGAGGACGACAGUAUGGACGAGAUGAAAGUCGCGGAAACGACGACGACUGAGCCUGAAAACAUCGACGCCGACGUUGAGGAAAAACCAAAAAAGAAAAAACCAAUCAAAAAACUUCGGAAAAAAGGAAAGUCGAAGGAAACUGAAGAUAUCAUGGAAGAAGAAAGUGAAGCGCCAGAAACAACUACAACACCCAUCAAAAUUGGAGCAGUAGAUGUAGAUAUUCGGACAGAAAAUCUCAAAGCGAGUUUGAAGGACGCUCCAAAUGCUAAAUACUACUACCCGCCUAAAGUGAUGGUACCGCUGCCAUCGUGUUUCUAUAAUCCAUCAGGAUACGUCUGCUGCAAUCUACAGCUGAACAAUCUUAUUGAGGACACGUUCGAAAUGAUCAAGACUAAGCAAAGCCACAGCGAUUGCAACAUUGCACGAAUGGCCAAUAUCAUUCAGCAAAAAAGUGAAGAAAUGUUCGGGCAUCCCUUCGAAAGUGUCGUCGCUUUAUCGGAUUUUGCACAAAAUGUUCACUUUGCCGGUGAUUUGGUUUGCAAGGUCGAAAUAGAUGGCAAGUAUAUGCUAACGUAUGCGACACCGUAUGACGCAGAACAUGCAGUCGAAUCUGUGGACGUUAUCGAGGAUGUUCCUCUUGAAGAGAAUGUUCUAUCCAGGAACAGUGAGGAGGAGGACAGCGAUGGAAAGAUUACGAAAAAACCUAAGAAAUCAGUAAAACCGAAGAAGAAACCACUACCUAUCCAUAAUUUCCGAAUGUAA